GUGGUGGAGAACGAGGAGAAGAAGGACAUUGACUAGAGUUACAAGAGAAUUAAGAAAGAAGAGAAAAGUGUUCGCCUAAGAAGAGAAUUUUCGGAGGAGGAUGCUCGGCAGUUGGGGCUGGGAAGAAGAAUUGGAGUUGGGAGAGGGAACAGCAACCCUGUCGCAAGAUAGACAAAGACGAGAAAGCCCAGACUCGACGCAUCCUGUCCCCGACAGCCGGGUGCUGAGGUAUGCACCCAGCCGGUGUCACCACCCUCCCAGCUUCAACUCGCCACAUUUCAGCACACAGCCUCCUCUCGACUGUACGGACUCGUGAGGUGGUCAAAAUGCUGACUGCUCAUUCUGAGAUGCACGAAAAACGGGAUCCCCUCGGAAGCGGACAAUAUGGAGCAGGCGGGGGUGGUGGAGGCAGUUUGAUCGAAGAAAAAUCUACUCCGGAACAGCCACCCCCGCCGCCGGCGCCUCCUCAGCGGGAUCCAUCGGAUCCAACGAUCAGUGCUAAGAAACUUCCAAAGAAACGAAAGUUUGAUCCAUCGGAGCUCGAGGAGAUGGAUAAAACCAGCAAUGUAACGAGAACCAUAAAUAAUAUAGUGAACAUACGGGCACCGAAUAUGCCACUCGGUCAAUCAGGUUUAGUUCAGCAGGCAACCUUAGCAACUCGGCAAUCGCCGCAGCAGCAAGAAUCCGAUUGCUAUCAGGUACAGGUAUCCUCGGCACAUUCGGUGGUAGUUUUACCGCCUCAAAGUACAGCAGUGGAUUAUUCUGUUCGAGAGGAAUCUUUACGUUCUCGUCCUCGGCCUGCUACUGUUGCUAUUGAUCUCAGUGAGUGGCGCGACCACAGAGUGUUAGCUUUAAGGGAUUCAUAUUAUUAUCCAGGUGUUAUUCGUAAUGUUGUUCAAGGAGAAAUUUACAUAGAGUUUGACGGAGAAAGAAAACUAAUGCGUUACACUGACAUUUUGGGCGCGGGGAGGUACGAUGUGAUAGGUGAUGCGAGCCCUUCGGUUGGCCAAGUGACUUUAGAUGCAAAAGUUUGUAUUAGGUGUCCAACGUCAAACAAUCAUAUCGAUGCUGCUAAAGUGUUUGUAAAAGGGACAGUGUGCAAAAUUUUAACCAAACCUAAGCGUUUUGUUGUUAAAAUACCAAGGGAAGAUGAUCAGAGUGAUAGUUAUGUUGUGAAACGUGCGGAUCUACGGUUAGUGCAACCCCCAUGGUGGGACGAGCUAGAAGAAGGAUUGGAAGACUGUGAUUCUUCGAGGGUCGAAGGAAUUGAACAUGGCUAUCGAAAUUCUUCAGAACCUUCAACAGCAGUGCCAAUUUUGCAACUUCAUCACACUUCUCAUCAUACAUCUCAUAUAUCAACUCAUGGCGACACAGGUGGUUAUUACAGAACUACUGGUACUAGCCCUCUUAUGACUCUAGCCACCUCUGCACAUCCUGCCACUACAGCAUUAAGUAAUGGAAGUCGACCGUAUGAUGAUUUAGAAAGCGAAGAUGACUUGGAUAGGGAAGAUAUUACAUUCCCUUCGGAUGCAGAUGCAAAAUUGUCAGGCAGCAGUAAAAGAAGCAGCAUGCAAAGUCGGGGAAGUACCAGUAGUUUAGUCGAGCAACGCAGCAUAACUCCUCGUUCUCAAGCAGCCACGCCCAGAUCUCAGGCGGCAACGCCACAUAGAUAUAAAAAAGGUGAUGUAGUGGCUACACCAAGUGGAGUUAGAAAAAAGUUCAAUGGUAAACAAUGGCGCAGACUCUGUAGUAAAGAGGGAUGUUCUAAAGAAAGUCAACGAAGGGGAUACUGUUCUCGUCAUCUUAGUUUGAAAGGUUCUUGUCUUAGAGGUCCAACCAAUACCUUUCCUGGUGGUAAGAUGGAUGGUGAGGAAACAUCUAGAGAUUCUGAUACUUCUCCAAAUUAUGGAGAUAGAAGAAUUGCUGGUCGAUUUGAUCAAGAUGAAACUGAAGCUGCUAAUAUGCUAGUUUCCUUGGGAAGCUCUAGAUCAGCAACACCAGCCUUUUCCUCGCCAACUGGACAAUCUUCUAUAUCCCCUUGUAUCAAUCAAUCUCCAGUACCACCUUUGGGACUGAAUCAAAACAAUGUGUUUAUGCCUAUUUCAAGUCCUGCUCAUCAUGCAACUCCAUUAAUUUCGCCUGGUGCAAAAUGGAAACAUUCACCUACUCAGUCUACUUUCCUUACUCAGUAUCAGCAGCAGGUGAUAAAACCUGAACCCAAUCGGGUGGUAAGAUCAAAUCGACCAGCUCCGACUGCCCCAGUCCCUGCUAGUAUAGGAACAAGCGUGAUAAGAAUCUCUCCUGUGAGUCGUGGAAUACCGGGAUCUAAUUUAACUUUGUCAUGGUCGGAACAAAGCCCACCGCCGCGGCAUCCAUCAGUUGUGACAACUAUAGCUCAACAACAGCAAGGCAUCAUUCUUCAGCAUGCACUCACAACAAACAAUGGCUUUUCCAGUCACUCUGAAAUAUCUGAACAAAACCCGCAAAUAUUGAAACCAUCUCAUUCACCUCAUAUGCCACUGUCUGCACCAACACCACAAAACUUGACUCUUUUGCAUAAGCCUUUAGAACAACCAGUUGAUUAUGCUCAACCACAAACGCAAAAUCAACCAAUAUAUGUAAUGCAACAUCAACACGAAAAAAAGUAUCUUGUGAUCAAAAAUAGUAUGGAUGUGUCUGCAGCAGGCCAUAUAAACAAUCAAGAUGAUAAAUAUAGACCAGCAUUAAUGAAUCACUUAGGUCAGCUUCCAGCAACGUUACAUCAGACGCAAUGCCAACCUCCACAGUCACCUGCUGUUUCAUCCGUCCAUGUUGAUAAAUUAUCCGUUUUACAAGCGAGUAAAGUAGCUACACAUGCAUCCUCUCAUAUGGAUAUGCAGAGAGCGCAACCACCACCUACGAGCGUUGUGAUGACAACCACUACUGAAGCUUCAAACCCGCCUACCCCAACAAGUGUCUUCCAGCAUGUAAUUGUACAACCCGCGCACUUGGUACAAAUUUCUAAAACACAAUCGUCUAGGGAAGAAAAUUCUAAAAAUAAUGGAGUUCUGUAUGGCAACCAUGAUGUACCUCCUGCAUACCAGCCCCAUCCGCCAUCAUUACUGAACAAUGCAGUGCGCAACUGGAAAAAAGCUUUCCCUUGGCAGACAACGGUACUGGAUCAGUCAGAAGUAAGUCCUCCACCAUCUGCAUUAAGUCCACCUUUGAGCGCGCCUCCAAUUCCAAUUGGCAUGAGUACGCCUGGUGAAGAUGGAUCUGGACCGGGUCCGGAUCCUAUAACUCCCGCUGAAGAAGAAGAUGACGAUGUUUUUGAAACAGAACCGACAACUCCCGUAGAAGUUGAGGCUAAUGCUAAUAAGAGACGCAGUCAGUCCCUUAGUGCAUUGCAUUCUAAAGAGCCUCAGAGUCCACUUAAAACUAAAGACAGAAUACGCCGACCGAUGAACGCAUUUAUGAUUUUUUCUAAACGACAUCGUGCAGUGGUGCAUCAAAGACAUCCGAACCAAGAUAAUCGUACUGUGUCCAAGAUAUUGGGAGAGUGGUGGUAUGCCUUAGGUCCAGAAGAAAAACAAAAAUAUCAUGAUCUUGCAUCGGAGGUGAAAGAAGCACAUUUUAAAGCGCAUCCAGAUUGGAAAUGGUGUAGCAAAGAUAGACGGAAAUCUUCAACGACAAGUUUCAAAGGUAGUGAAUCCCGAGGGAAAUUGAACAGUACUGGGGAAGAAACAGAUACGGGACCACCGGCAGACGAUGUACCAUUAACGCCAAGAGCUACAGACGAAAUUACUGUUCCCGUUACUACUGUAUACAAUGAAGCUCCCACGAUCGAUGUUAUCAAUCAGUCGCAUACUCAUAGGAUAAUGGAAAUGCCUCUGCCACUUGAAAAUACAGAACCUGAUUUAAAACAGGAGGAAGAUGGUAAUGCAUCAGAUGAAGAUCAAAUGGUAAUCUGUGAAGAUCCACAACCUGAAAUAGAUUUAAAGUGCAAAGAUAAACUAACAGAUAGCGAUAAUGACGUACAAGAUGACGAUGCUGAAAAAAAAUGUUACACACAAUCACGGUUUUCACCUGUAAGCGGUCAGAAGAGGGAAGCAAUGAAUGUUAAACAAGAAGUAACCUGUAGACCUAAACCGAUAAAAGCACGAAUACCUUCAACAGGUAUUGAGACAACAACAAAGUAUCAUCAUACUUCUAUGGAUAAAGGAGGAAGCGUUUCGGUUCUAUCCAGCACAUAUCCUUAUCAUAGCCCCGUCAAUCCGACUGGAGUAUCAGGUUUUCAACCUACUGGUGGUGCUUUUAUUACCAUGCCAAUAUCUCCAAAAGUUGUUAAACCAGAACCAGUGAAAAAUGAACAACAGUAUAGUACCCAAUAUAGUAUGAGCAAUUUGGUGGCAAGCAUUCAUGAGAAUGGAAGAAAUAUGCCUAAAUUUACGGCUGCUCCGGUAUUACAUUCCAUUGGAUCGAAACCUAUGAUGGCUCUGUUUAAACAACAGCAGCCGUUGCAGUCUUUAGGCACUAUUCUUCGCCCCCUUACUUCAGCUGUCCCUUAUCAACCAUCGUUCACUCUAACAUUGCUCGAUAACGAUUUGGUGGCUGUUUCCAAACCGCAGCAGGGAUCGCAGUAUCUUGGUCCAACAUCACCUCAUCCCCGGAUGUACUGUGGAUUCAAUAUACCAAUCUCUGAUGCUGGCAAUCGCAACAUAUCCUCACAAGGUUUAGUUUCUGGUAAUAAGAUGGAAACCCAAAGUGUCAUAGUGAGCAAACCAUACUCGGUUUCAACAACUUCUACUACGUCGACUUAUCGAGGAAUUGGUCAUUCAAUAACACGUCUUGCAGAAUCAGAAAAAGGUGAAAAUCAAGUAGGGAAUAAUCAUGCCCAGUUUUAUGUAACCAAUGUAAAGUCUGAUCAGGAAAGAAAAGAUACCGUGAAUAUUCUUCUGCCUACUACGAAUGAUAAACAUAAACAGCCAUCUACUCCACAUACUCCCCAUACACCACUCAGUAACCAUGGUAGUACUGAAAUUUCCACAAAUAAAUCAUAUUCCAUGGAUGAAACACAGCUUAAUGAUAUAGGCCCAAGUAAGGGUCCUUUUAUGCUUGCUCCAACUCCAGCACAGCUUGGCCGAGCACCGUUACAAAGGAGACAAUCAAUGGCAAUGCCUCCCACAUCAACUGCAGGAGACCAUGGGCCUCUGGUGUCUCAACAUUGCGACAAUCGUCCACAAACGAACACAUCUCAAGCGACAGAGCAAAUACAGCAACAACAAAAUUUUUCAGAAUCUCAUGCUUCCCCGUCACCAUCUACUAAAAAGGGUUCUUUCUUCAAGAAAAAUGUCGAAGAUGGAAUGGACCGAGUUCUCGAGCAAGUGAAUUUCCAAGAAAAAUUUUCGUCCUUACCAGAAUUUAAACCAGAAGAUAUACAAAGUCCAAGUGCAAUCAGUAUCAAUACAGCUGGUUCCUGUGGUCAUGGUUCAGUAGUAACAUCUGGCUUACAUGCUUCAAAUUUACAGUCAUCAAUGCAAAUACAAAGUUAUCGAAAAAAAUCUGCACAAGCACCUCAUAGGCCCACAAUGAAUGAGGACGACAUCGAAUCUGAUACGUCAAUAUCUGCUACUCCAAAAUCAACUUCCAGUGUCAAAUUGACAGGAAACACGUUCUUUGGUCCAGAUUUCAAUGUUGAUGCAUAUAGAACUAACACCGAUCUAGUGGGAGAUGUUGAUGCUAGCUCUCCUAGGACACCAAAAACGCCUGGAGGAGGUGCUGGAAACUCUGUAGGAAUUGGCAGAAGCGAAAAUGACCGGGGUCAUAGGAAAGUACUAGAGCAACGUCGACACCUUGUAAUGCAAUUAUUUCAAGAACACGGUUACUUUCCUUCAACGCAAGCUACUACAACUUUUCAAGCAAAACAUUCAGAUAUAUUUCCUAAUAAGACAAGUUUGCAAUUAAAGAUUAGAGAGGUCAGGCAAAAAUUAAAAGCUAACUCAACACCUAUGAGUGCUAACAGUCUAGUGAGUCCACUACCUGUCUCUGAACCUUCACCUAACAUAACUGGACCAUUGACUGCUCCCCCUACGUCGAUGGGAGCUCCACAUAUACUGCCUGUAAGCAGUAGUGGUAGCUAGCGCCCACGUGCCAACUGUGAUACUAUGCAUCCACUUACUCCACAGCAUGAGUACAUCAUUAUUCAUUGAAAGAAGGAAAGUUUUUAUCGAAAAAAUUGUUGAUGUACAAGUUUUAGCGAGUUGUAAAGUGCUGCAAGGCUUUAGUGCAAUUCGAACUUUGAUGUAACCUGGUGCAGGUAACUUAGACAGGCAUAUCAAGGUGAGUUUGAUGUACACAUAUCAGUAAAAUCUUCUUAUUGUAUAUAAAACUGAAGAAAUAUUGAGUCGAAUGUUUCUCAAGAUUACUAAUGUUGACUUAAAUGCGUGUUCGAGUAUCUGUGUUCCAUUGGAAUAAUAACAUGUAAAAUUGUAAAAUGUUGGUGUGAUAAAGAAUCUACUGUAUUUUAGCAACGAUAUAACGUUCACUAGAAAGUUAAAAGCUCAACUUACAGGCUUAAUCAUAUUAUCCUGUUUAAUAAUAAAACGAGGAAGGAAUAAUAGAGUCACAUAAAAUAACUGUUUCGAAAUAUGUAAUUCGAAAAAAAAAGAGCUUUCUUCUAUCAGAAGAAAAGACAAUACUCUUCUGUAUUCUAAAUCUAAAGAUGAUUUAUGAAAUGGUAAUAUAGAAGUGAAGAAAUUAUUUUACUACAUUAUAAAAUCACAACUCAUAGUUGUACAGUACCAAACGUACAUGACCGAUAUUUGUACAUCGAAACACCUUGCAAGGAUUAUGGAAGGCCUAAGCCAUUGUUAAACAUUGUUAAAAAUACUAUGAGAUCCAAGUAGAAAGAAAGAAGGAGUAUGCAUGAUAUAGAAAAUGAAGUUUCGCGUGAGUGUAGGAUGUGUGUGGGUGUUUUUGUGAGAAAGAGGAAGAGAAAAACGUAAUCAGAGAGUAUUAGAAUUAAUGAAGCAUUAUAAGAUGAAAUCAGAGUUUAUAUACUUUAGUUAUACUUUAUAUAUGAUAUAGAUGAAAAAGAAAACUAUAGAAGAAAGAAAGAACUGCGAUAAACAUUGCACAAAAUUUAUGUAAUGCAGUCUGCAGAUAUGUUUAUUUUACUUGUAAAUACUAUGGCAUGACUUGGAGUGGAAGAUAUCUGGAGAGUUUAAAGUAUCUAUGAUGCUGUGUCUGACAAUUUUAAGACGGAAGCAUUCUUUUGGUGAUUCAUAGAUUAUUAUAAUGGAGAUAAAAAUCGUGCCAUUGUGCGGCGACAAACAAGGGAAUGCAUGCGUAAUAAAAAGUCCCUUAAUAAUAAAGAAUUAAUUGUUAGACCCCAUUUGAUAGGUAAUAUGUAAUAUGUUUACAAUAUUCUCGAAAGUACUUAUCUACUGUUUUUAGAACUCUGUUUAAAUUCAACGCGUUUGAUUUAUGUUUUAUAAGCAUUUUAAAGUCAAUCUGCUUUUUUCUUUACUUCUUUUCUCUUUUUCCUUUUGGCCAAUUUAGAUGUAAGCGGUUUUAUGAAGGCCGUAUUUUUUUCUGUUUUUUUUUUCUUUUUUUUUUCUUUUUUUUGGCCAUGACAAGUUAUUUGCUUUUAUCUUUAGCAUGCCCUAAUUAAAUGCGUAUAUGAUCUAAUGGAAAAUAUAAUUGCAAAUAGAUAAAAUUUAAUGCUAAUAUCGAGCACCAAGCUAAGAAAAAAGGUGCCGAAGAGGUUUAUUGAAUAUGUUGUUGCAAUUCAAAUUUUGUUAUUACGCUUUUAACAGAAAUCGUUGUUCAUUAUGAAAAUUAUAUAUAUAUACAUAUUUCGUUUAUUUUAGCGCAUUUUAUCGGUCAAAUGUAUUUUUACGUUAUAGAGAAAUAUUCAUACCUUUAGAGGAAACGCGUUGAAUUUCAACAGAAAUUGUUGAAUUUGGCUGUAAAAUAGAUUAUGUAAUUAGUGAUAUGUUUAUAAAAAAAAAAGCGCACCUUGAAAGGUUUAAAAGUCUCGCGCCACGGCACGCAUAUUGUAGUUAGGAUAGGAACAAUGUCUAUUCUACAUAUUUUGUAAAUAGGAAAAAUAUACAAUAUACUGAAUAUAUAUAUAUAUAUAUUAUAUAAAAAUUAGGAUACAUCCGAAACGGUAGAGUAGAGCAUUGUAAUUUGUAGAAUAAUAAUUAUAAUGAAAACGCAGGCAGGAUUAGGAUAAAACAAAAAAAGAAAAGAUUUAUAGAUUGUGGGCCUUCAGAUAUGAACUGUUGCGCACGGAAUGGUCCCCCAACCCUCCUCCAAAGUUAACCCUUUCCUAAAGUGUUAGGAUAUUAUUUGUGUACACACACGCGCCCGUGCGCGCGCACGAAAUUACAUUACUCUCUUACCAUUUCUUGAUUAUUGUUUUUUUAUAGAGUGUUAAACACACUGGUGGCAAGCGAUUACCGAAGAGAAGAGACACUUGAAAUCUGCAUUGGUCACUCCUGUGAACAAUACUUUGAAAAAGUUUUGAUUUCUUUUUAAUAUGAAGUUUCUUCUCUCUGUCUGUCUGUCUCUGUCUGUCUGUCUUUCUCUCUCUCUCUCUCUAUCUCUCUAUCUAUCUAUCUCUAUCUCUCUAUCUCUAUCUCCUUAAAAGUAUAUUUAUUGUGUAAAAAAUGUAAUUUAGCGAUGAUAUUUACACAUUUAUUAGACGGCUUUAUUAGAAAUCAUAUAUUCCGUGUUCAUAUCACAUCUUUUAAACAAUGUUACUCUUCUUAUUUACCGCGUCACUUUUAUCAGAAUUAGUACUCAGAGAAAAAUUUUAAAGUCGUUUAUAAUAGCACAAAUUAUCUCAAAUUCAAUAUCUUUUAACGUUCGUUUUAUAAAUACUACAUUAUUUAAUCAAAAGGAAUAUUUUAGGUAUAAUAGCUUUACCUUUUUUUAAAAAUAUCUUUGUUUUAAAAGUUGUGGUUUUCACGAUAUUUUAUAUGAAUCAUGUAAUCUAAUUUAUAAUUUACACAAAUGAAAGUGAUAAAAUAUUUCUCACGUUACGGAUAUUUAAAAAAAGAAGGAACAUUUUAAUAUAUCUGGCUUUUUCUGGAAUGAUCACAUUGUUUUUUGAAUAGCUUCUUCUUGUAUACAGGAAUGGACGUUAACAGAGAUUGAGUGUCUCUAAGUACUUGCCCCUUUCAAAGAAUUUAAAUGAAAUAUUAUAUUUUGUACUUGUGUAAACUAGUGAACUAUCUUUCCAGUAUUGAUAAGAUUUCGAAGUUACUUUUCAUAUUUUCUUCCCCUUUCCUUCUUUUCUCUCUUUUUUUGUUAAAAAAUAUUGGUGAUGAAAUAUGUUCCGUGAUUUAGCAGCCAUACAUGUGACUGUGAUUUAGGAAAACAGAAGUAAAGUAAAGUGGCGGCUACUCUACUGGCAUUUUCUUCACCACAUUAUAUCUAUCUUUCCAAUUCCUCUCUCUAAAUCCUUCCUCUAACAUUGUGUAAAAUGAACGCACUUGAACAAAUCCUAUGUACCUACUUCCUCAUUUUGUUUUCCUCUCUUUUUUUAUUACUCUCAUUACUUGUAAUAAUGUAUUUUUAUUAUGUUCUAAGUUGCUAUUCAUCUAUUAUAGUCAUUCUAUUAUUCCUUGUUUAAUUCUGAAAUAUUUUUAAAUCUGUUAUAUGGUAUAUAAUAUCAGUCACGGAAUAACGUUAUGAAACAUAACACCGAACAUAGGAAAAAUAAUAAAUGAUACACAUAGAAGCAAUGAAAAUGGCUCUGUGUAGAAAGCAUACCAUGAAUCUUUGUUAUGUACAGCAUCGAUGCACUGUACUGAGGAAAAUACAUACCAUGUACGUGCGUAGGUAAUAAAAUGUAAUCAUAUGAAAAAAAAAAAAAGGAGAAAAUAUUAAA